ACGUGCAUAAGAGCGUGAUGGAGGAGCUGAAGAGAAUAAUCGACGACAGCGAAAUCACAAAAGAAGAUGAUGCUCUGUGGCCUCCUCCUGACAGAGUUGGUCGACAGGAGCUUGAAAUAGUAAUUGGUGAUGAGCACAUCUCCUUUACCACGUCAAAAAUCGGUUCACUCAUUGAUGUAAAUCAAUCCAAGGAUCCAGAAGGCUUGAGAGUGUUCUACUACCUGGUCCAGGACCUUAAGUGUCUAGUCUUCAGUCUUAUUGGACUACACUUCAAGAUUAAGCCAAUUUAAACGAAAUAAACUGAAGUUUGUACUGAGUGUCUGUAUGGGGGGCGGGGGGGUGCUGUUUCAGUUCCUCAGUGUUUCUGGCCUGAAGUUUUUAUGUAUGUUAGAAUUUUUUUUUUUUUUUUUUACAAACUGUCAGUGACGUUCUUAAUAAAAUGGUGAAAUCUGUAUUUUUAAUUU